ACUCCUAGGCUCAAGUGAUCCGCCUGCUUUGGCCUCCCUGAGUGCUGGGAUUACAGGUGUGAGUCACCACACCCGGACUGAUUUACGCUUUUUAAACAUCACUCUGGCAGCUGUGUGGAGCCUGGACAUGGGAAUUGAUAGUGGAAGCUGGGAGAUGAACAAGUGGUUCAGGCAAGAGAUGAGAUUGGUUUGGACCAGUGUGGUGACAGUAGGAAGAAAGUGGGUGUGUUCUGGAGGCAGAGCCUAGCGGACUUGGUGGGGCCGAGGAUGCACAGAGAGGCUGUGGGCUUCUGCUUCAUUGAGGGGACUCUGCGACACCCACACUUUGAAGGGGAGCUUCCUACAUGUGUCUCCAUGCUGGGGGUUGCAUGAGAGGUGCCAAUAGACUAGUGCAAAUGGCAGGAAAAGGAGAUCCUUUCUUUCCUAGAGUCUCCUUUAUAGGUAGGAUUUCAGGAGCACUUUCUGUCCUCGAAAGCAAGUGCCUGGUGACACUGAAAUCUCCCACAGCAGACCUUGCUUUGGGGGAGAUGGGGGAAGCCGGUGGGAGAGGAAAAACCAGAGGCCAAGAUCACAUCUCAGCACCUCCACCCCCACGUGUGUUUGCAGUCCUGGAUUUCAGCUUUGGGAAAGGAGUCCUCCCUGUCCCUCUUGCUGAGUUUGCAAGGAGGGUGAUCCACGGGGCAAAAAACUGGCACAGUGCGGUCCCAGGCCUCGUUAGCCACUGUGACAGUGGGAGCUCGCUGGAGCAAGGAGGCCUUUGGAAGACUUGAUUUAAAGGAAAGAAGCUGCACUCACAAAACAGUGGCUUCCCUCUCAAGCCUAGUUAUUACAACAAUUAAGCCACCACAGAAUCUGCUCCCUAAUAAUAGCCUCCCAUGGGACAACCCUGACCCAGAAUAAUCCCUAGGCACUCUGGGGUGUUUCGUGGAGGACAGGGUUGGAUGGGGAAUUGGCUCGGUGCGGGGUGUAGGUCCGCAUGCUGACAUUCACCUGUUGGUCCCUGGGCAGUCAAGGAGUCCUUUCUAGGGCACCUUCCUUACUGUGUAGGGUCACUGCCUCUUUUCUAGGAGCCCUUCCUCCAGGACUCUCCGACCUGGUCCAAGGCUGCCAUGGUGUUACUAACUGGCACCCAUAUGGAUAACUAGCCACUGUGCUGAGGGCUUUAUGCUGUUCUUAUUUAUUCCCACCAGCUGAUUCUGGCCCACAGAUGUGUUUAGUUUGGCCUUUUCAAAGUGUUGUAAAAAUUCUGACUCAGUUGCCAACAUUUUAAAUUCAGGACAUUUGUGUAAAAAGCCAGUUCCAGUUUAUGUCCUCUGGGAGGAAAGUCUUUCCCAAGGUCCCUGGUCUAUGAGGAGAGGAGCUAGGAUUUGAACCCAUCACCCCUGAAUCUACAACUCCUGCUUUUAAUGCUGUGGGAGAUGCUGGCUCGGAAGUGCCUUCUUUGCAGGAAAUGAAGAGAAAUGGAAUUCGCAUACAGGAUUAUAAGAGAAAAUGGAUGGAAGAGAAGAGGCGAAAAUACUCCAUCAGCAGUGACAACUCUGACACCACUGACAGUCAUGCGACAUCUACAUCCGCAUCAAGAUGCUCCAAACUGCCCAGCAGCACCAAGUCGGGCUGGCCCCGGCAGAACGAAAAGAAGCCCUCCGAGGUUUUCCGGACAGACUUGAUCACAGCCAUGAAGAUCCCCGACUCAUACCAGCUCAGCCCGGAUGACUACUACAUCCUGGCAGACCCAUGGCGACAGGAGUGGGAGAAAGGUGUGCAGGUGCCCGCCGGGGCAGAGGCCAUCCCAGAGCCUGUGGUGAGGAUCCUCCCACCGCUGGAAGGCCCCCCUGCCCAGGCAUCCCCAAGCAGCACCACGCUUGGUGAGGGCUCCCAGCCUGAUUGGCCAGGGGGCAGCCGCUAUGACCUGGACGAGAUUGACGCCUACUGGCUGGAGCUGAUCAACUCAGAGCUUAAGGAGAUGGAGAGGCCGGAGCUGGAUGAGCUGACAUUAGAGCGUGUGCUGGAGGAACUGGAGACCCUGUGCCACCAGAAUAUGGCCAGGGCCAUCGAGACGCAGGAGGGGCUGGGCAUCGAGUACGACGAGGAUGUUGUCUGCGAUGUGUGUCGCUCUCCUGAGGGCGAGGAUGGCAACGAGAUGGUCUUCUGUGACAAGUGCAACGUCUGUGUGCAUCAGGCAUGCUACGGGAUCCUCAAGGUGCCCACGGGCAGCUGGCUGUGCCGGACGUGUGCCCUGGGUGUCCAGCCAAAGUGCCUGCUCUGCCCCAAGCGAGGAGGAGCCUUGAAGCCCACCAGAAGUGGGACCAAGUGGGUGCACGUCAGCUGCGCCCUAUGGAUUCCUGAGGUCAGCAUCGGCUGCCCAGAGAAGAUGGAGCCCAUCACCAAGAUCUCGCAUAUCCCAGCCAGCCGCUGGGCUCUGUCCUGCAGCCUCUGCAAGGAAUGCACAGGCACCUGCAUCCAGUGUUCCAUGCCUUCCUGCGUCACGGCAUUCCAUGUCACAUGCGCCUUUGACCACAGCCUGGAAAUGCGGACUAUAUUAGCAGACAAUGAUGAGGUCAAGUUCAAGUCAUUCUGCCAGGAACACAGUGAUGGGGGCCCACGUAAUGAGCCCACAUCUGAGCCUGCAGAGCCCAGCCAGGCUGGCGAGGACCUGGAAAAGGUGACCCUGCGCAAGCAGCGGCUGCAGCAGCUAGAGGAGGACUUCUAUGAGCUGGUGGAACCUGCUGAGGUGGCUGAGCGGCUGGACCUGGCUGAGGCGCUGGUCGACUUCAUCUACCAGUACUGGAAGCUGAAGAGGAAAGCCAAUGCCAACCAGCCGCUGCUGACCCCCAAGACUGACGAGGUGGACAACCUGGCCCAGCAGGAGCAGGACGUCCUCUACCGCCGCCUGAAGCUCUUCACCCAUCUGCGGCAGGACCUAGAGAGGGUUAGAAAUCUGUGCUACAUGGUGACAAGGCGCGAGAGAACGAAACACGCCAUCUGCAAACUCCAGGAGCAGAUAUUCCACCUGCAGAUGAAACUUAUUGAACAGGAUCUGUGUCGAGAGCGGUCUGGGAGGAGAGCAAAGGGCAAGAAGAGUGACUCGAAGAGGAAGGGCUGCGAGGGCUCCAAGGGCAGCACUGAGAAGAAAGAGAAAGUGAAGGCGGGGCCUGACUCAGUCCUGGGGCAGCUGGCAGGCCUGUCCACCUCAUUCCCCAUCGAUGGCACCUUCUUCAACAGCUGGCUGGCACAGUCAGUGCAGAUCACAGCAGAGAACAUGGCCAUGAGCGAGUGGCCGCUGAACAAUGGGCAUCGCGAGGACCCUGCUCCGGGGCUGCUGUCAGAGGAGCUGCUGCAGGAUGAGGAGACACUGCUCAGCUUCAUGCGGGACCCCUCACUGCGACCUGGCGACCCUGCUAGGAAGGCCCGAGGCCGCACCCGCCUGCCUGCCAAGAAGAAACCACCACCACCGCCGCCGCAGGACGGGCCUGGUUCACGGACGACUCCAGACAAAGCCCCCAAGAAGACCUGGGGCCAGGAUGCAGGCAGCGGCAAGGGGGGUCAAGGGCCACCUACCAGGAAGCCACCACGUCGGACGUCUUCUCACUUGCCAUCCAGCCCUACAGCCGGGGACUGUCCCAUCCUAGCCACCCCUGAAAGCCCCCCACCACUGGCCCCUGAGACCCCGGACGAGGCAGCCUCAGUAGCUGCUGACUCAGAUGUCCAAGUGCCUGGCCCUGCAGCGAGCCCUAAGCCUUUGGGCCGGCUCCGGCCGCCCCGCGAGAGCAAGGUAACCCGGAGAUUGCCGGGUGCCAGGCCUGAUGCUGGAAUGGGACCACCUUCAGCUGUGGCUGAGAGGCCCAAGGUCAGCCUGCAUUUUGACACUGAGACUGAUGGCUACUUCUCUGAUGGGGAGAUGAGCGACUCAGAUGUAGAGGCCGAGGACGGUGGGGUGCAGCGGGGUCCCCGGGAGGCAGGGGCAGAGGAGGUGGUCCGCAUGGGAGUACUGGCCUCCUAACUCACCCCCUUCCCUGUCCCGGGCCCUGCCCUGGUCCCCCAACAAGGCCUCAGCCCAGUCACAACUGCCAUUUCCAGUCUCUGCCGAGUGUCCCAGACCCUCGAGGCUGCCACUCCGUCGUGGUUUUAUUUUUAAUAUAGAGAGAGUUUUGAAUUCUACACUGUUGUCUUUCCUCUGUGCUGGUCUAGGAUGUUAGGAUUCCUUCCACGGCUCCGGCCACCAGGACCCUGCCAGGUCCCGUGCACCAUCCCUGCCCUGCCCACGUGGUAUUGCUGGGCCCCUGGCUAGAAGUGGGCAAGGUGGAGAAGAGCUCAGGACUCCAGCCCGCUGCCACUGGGUGACACAGACUGUCGUUUGGGCAUUAUUUCAUGGCAGUUGGGCUGGUCCAGGGCCUACCCCGCCUUGCCCCCAGAUUCCACUGGGGUCCAUUUGGGGGGUCCUGCUGCACUCCACCGAUCCCCAAGGAAGUAUAAUAAACAAUACCCAGCCAGAGUCUACUCACUGUCACAAGCACAACGAGUUUAUAUGAGAAAGCACUGAGGGGGUGCAGAGGGCCCGCUGGUUCCAGGGGAACUGAAAGCUGUUCCUGAUCAGCCCGUAUCAUCUGAGGCCUGCCUGCCCACCCUGCCACCCUCCCCUCCCUUGCUGCUCUGCCCCUGCCAGUGCCCAGCCCAGCGGCUCUGGGAAGGGGUUCCCAGAAUCCCUCCUGAGCUGUGCCAUUUACUCAGGGGACUCCCAAACAGCCAGCUGCCAGUGCAGGUGGAGGGCUGUAAGGGAGGGCCAGUGCCCAGACAGGGUCAUGGGGCUCAGACCAGCCCACUGUAGAGAAUCACUCUGGGGCUCCAACUUCCUUCCUUCCUUUGGGGCCAGUCUCGGCCGAAGUCUGGUCACUCAGACAGAGGUGACCAGACUAGACCGCUUGCCUUUUCAAGUUUCCUAGUCCUGCUAAGAGAUGAGCUUCUUCCGUGGUUUCCUUUUGGAAACUCCUCCUUCCAACAAGCAGUGGGAUCCCGGGGCCCAGGGCGGGCCGGUGUUGGCCGCUGGGGCUGUUGUAAGUCUUGCUGGAUGUUCCCCUGUUCCUGAGCCUUAACCCCUUGCCCAGCCAUCCCCCGUGUCCUGCCUUUCCCGCCCCCCCCCCUUAGGUCCCAGGUAGUUGCUCUGAAGAGUUUCAGUAGAGUGGCCCCAGGGUGAUAGCUCAGGGAACAACAAAAAAGGAAUUCCGUGAAAACAUUUUUUUUUCUUUGAUGAAUUACUCCUGGGUCACUUCCGCCACUGGUAAAGCCAGAACUUCUCCAACAAGAACCUUGCAAAAAGUCCAGUGAAUCAGUCGAAUCAUUCUGUGGAUGCCAAAGAAUAUUUUGACCAUAAUACAGCACAGCCUGGACCUGACAACUUGUCACUUGGACUUUUUUUAAAAUGGAGUUCUCUAGCAUCAAAGUAUAGAAACAUGUUCAUUGCACACACCCAAGGAGAAGAGCCCAAGCGCUCGGAAGAGGAUGCUUUUCUGCUGCUGAAGUGUACCUGGGUGUUAGAUUUCAGAUCCUGGGCUGAGCCCACUGUGAGCUUUCCUAAACUCUGAGAGUCACAGAGGGGAAAGAUACUGACAGUGAAACCAGCAUGGAAAAUGUCUUUACCAUGUGGUUCCCUCCUCCCCAAAUACAUAAAGCAAAUAAGCAGGAUGGGGAACAGCUUGACCUUCAUCCACCCCUAACUCCAAAACUAUCAAGGUACGACAGUGGCAUUGUCAUCGACACUCAGUUUCAUGUGAAUUUUAGCAAAACAGGAAACAAAGAUAAUGACUCAGUUCAGAGGAUCGGACAAAUGUGUCUAGUCCGGGUGGACUUGGAGGGAGUGGGGUGGGCUUCAAGGAUUCUGGGCGUUGGGAUGGCAUGAGCUAGCCCGUAGAGUUUAGUCUGCCUGCCCGCCUUGGUAGUAGUGACCAGUCAGUGUCAGCAUCAGUGUCUCAACCCCAGUCUCUGUUUACUGCCUUUGAACAGAACUUCUUCCUUCCCCAUGCUUUGGGUCACCUCGGGCUGCAACCCUGUCUGUGCCAGAUGGCCCAGUCUGACCCUGCAGGAAGCAAAGAGGUGAGCUUAAAGAACAACCAAACUGCCAGGGGUCCCGGAAAGCCCAGGGCCUAGCAGUCUCCGCACUUGGCCCCUUGCCCGUUCACACCAUCCUGGGGCAGGGACUGGGCCUCCCUGGUGGCAGGGGUGGGCGGAGAAUUAGGGAGAGGGUGCAACGAGUCUGGCCCCUUGCCUCGGGGUGGCUGGUGUUCUUCCAAGAGCCUCUGCUCAUGUUGUUGGCCUCUGGAUUCUGUUCCUUCUUCAUUGGCUAUUGCUUUGGACUGGACUGUCGCUGAGCCUGUGUCCUGCAGAACCCAGAUGUCUGUUAGGCUGGCUGGCUGCUGCGAGGGGAUGAGGGUGGCCUUUCACUUGGGGAGCCCUUUCACUCCCAGGCCAAGCCCUGGAGCAGUCUUCUCCAGGUAGCUGUCUCCACCUCCAGGAUGUCCACCAGGCUGCAAGGAGAAGGAUGCCAGCCACCCAUCCUCCCCGAGUUCCCAGCCUUUCCCCCGUUAGUCACAGCUGCUUCUCUCUUUUUCCGGUCUACUGUCCCCAGUGUAGAGGGCUUUGCUGCCCCUGAGACCAAGCAAGGCAGGUUCCUUUUCCAGGCCAGAGGCGGAGGUGGAUCUUUCUCUUGACCACGUCUCCCCACUCGCACUGCUCCUCCACAGGGAGGGAGAAGCUGCUCUGUAACUCAUUCUGGCUAUCCUCCCCCUUCUUACUGACCUGAUCGCCCACCACCUCCUUCCCCCUCAUCAUGUGACAAAGGAUAAUGUGCAAGAAAAGUAUUUUUAUGUAUCAUAAAUGUAUUUUGAGACAAAUGAGAAGAAGAAAGGUAGAAGGGUUUAUUUUAUUAAACGAGCCUGACUUUGUGACAGUGUGUGAGCAUUUGCAAUGUAAGGGCCUCAGCUUCCUUGGAGAAGCCACCCCAGGUUUCCAGACAAAGAUGUUGAAUUGUUUGUGGGGGGUGUGCCAGGCCACGCCUCGUGUGUCCGCGUGCAGGCAUGCCUGUGUGUCCUGUGUAUGGGCACACUAUGGGACUAGCUGGGACAAUUCCUAGAGAUUCAACUGCCCAAUUCUAACAAACAUUGGCAGUGGCUGAACUUGGCAUUUCCUUGCUAACUGCCAGAUGUGGCCAACCUCUGCCCAUGUGCAAACCACUGAAAAAUGAUCUGGAUUUCUGUAGCAAAGCCCUUGGGGAGGGCACUCUCCAAUGCUCUUGGCCUCGCUGGCCACAUUGGCCAAUGAGCCAGGGCUGGAGUCUGAGACCUUUGGUUGUUCUUUAAGGCACCUCCUGCCACUUUCUCCCUCAGAGGCACAAACACUUUGUGUUCCACGUGAGUUUGAGGGGACGGUGGGGGGAAUGAUAUGAAUGUCACAGGAGGAGACACCUUCUGUCUUUGUUUCAAAGAAAGUGAUGUGCCAUUUGUUAAUAUACAAGAGAAAUAUUGAAAAUAUAUUGAAAAGAGCAAUUUUAAAUUAUUUUUGGCUUAUGUUGCAAUAUUUAUUUUCUUGUAUUAGAAAAGAUUCCUUUGUAGAGAAAAAAUGUAUUUUUCAUUAACGCAAAGACCUAUUUCUCCUUUUUGUACAUUGUCCAUGUUCGCAACCCUUAACGAGCAAUAGAAUGUAUGGUCACCUGGGUGUGGCCAGUGCCCGCUGUGCCCUGCAUGAUUCUGUGUUGCCGCUGCUGCAUAGUUCCCAGCCCCAUCCUGUCCUGCUCACUCAUGGGGGCUUCCAGACCCCAGCCCCACCAGGGCUUGUGUCAUAGGGAGCCCUUUGCACUCCUCGUGUGUUGGCAAACGCAGUUAAUAAAGCAAUGUUUUCUGUGC